AUGGUAUGGAUCUGCACAUUCCUGUUUUUAUUUGUUUUGGUAUGGAAUUGUUUAUUUAUAUAACACUUUUUAGCCUAAAGGCACCCGAAGUCGUGAAUAAGAUUAGUACGUAUCAGUAUAAAAGAAAAUGCACAGUAAAAGUACAGUUCAUAAAAUGCACCGCUCAAAGCAAUAUUAACAGGAUCUUCAACGGCCAACAUCAUGGGGUGGGAAGAUGUUCCACUUAGAGCAGGUCAAAGGAAAGUCCUCCAUUUUAGAAGCAGAGUUUUAACCUGUGUUGAUACAUAGAAUCAUUGAAUUGUAGAGUUGGAAGGGACCCGGAGGAUCAUCUAGUCCAACCCCCUGCAAUGCAGGAAUAGGCAGCUGUCCCAUACGGGGAUCAAACAUGCAACCUUGGCAUUAUCAUCAGCACCAUGCUCUCACCAACCAAGCUACCCAGUAUUACUGGUUUUAUGUUGUUGAUAUUGUUUAAGGGUUUUUAAAUCUUUAAUCAGUUUAUAAAAUUUUGACAUAAAUAAAAUCCCUUUUUUUCAAAUCACGUGACAAAAAGACUGACUUUUCUUCUCUUCCUCCAAGAAGCAAAGCUAGGAACAAAAAUGGAAAAGCAGGAAGCUUCAACAGGACCCGAGCCUCGGAACAAACCAAAAGGCAGAGGAAGAGAUCCUUGUGUUGUCCAAGCUGAGACCACCCAUGAGCUCCUGACUGGGGUGGCCCCCCAACAAAUCAAACAAGAGCCGGAAGAAGGCCGAGAAUGGCGCUGGGAGGCCCAGUGGCAGGAGUUCUUGAAAACAGCCAAAUCCCCUCACUCAGAGUGGCGGCACCUGCAGCUGCCCAGUCCCACCUUGGAGGAGAACUCAAAGUCUUCUCAGGCUCCCUUCAAGGGGACAUCCAAUGCCAUCCUGCGGCCUAUAGGGGAGUGGCUGACUCAGACCAUGCCUGACCUCCUUGCAGAGGCCCAGCAGGCGUGUCGGAGCCUAGACUCCCCUCAACGGUGAAGGUUGAGGAGGCUCUGGAGGGGGACGCAGCCAGGAUGGAGAUGCGGCGACAACACUUCAGGCAGCUGUCCUACUAUGAGGCCAAGGGCCCCCGGGAGAUCUGCAGGAAGCUCCGGGAGCUUUGCUACCAGUGGCUGACUCCCGAGAAACACACCAAGGAGCAGAUCUUAGAUCUGCUGAUCCUGGAGCAGUUCUUGACCAUCAUGCCUCGGGAGAUGCAGAACUGGGUGAGGGAAAGGGGCCCAGGGACAUGUGCUGAGGCGGCGGUCCUGGCCGAAGAUUUCCUCGAUACUCCAUGAGUCGGAGAGAAGGGAAGUAAAGGUAUGAGGCGUAUGAGGUGUUUUAGUCACUUUGAGGUGCCAAUUGGAGUGGUGGCUGGUUUAUUUGGGCAACUGGGCCUCACCAAGCUUGGUCUGUCCUCAGCCAGAUCCCAGAUCCCUGGAUCUGUCCAAUGGGGAAUCGAGUCCAGCAUCCAACUAGAUGGGAAGCCUACACGGCUUGCCUAAGGUCUAGAAAUGUAUGCAUGUUGUUGACUUCUUCUCCCUUUCCUCCACUCCAGGUUCCAGGGCUCUUGGAAGAGCCCAUUAUUAAUGCCUCCAAGUCAGAGCAAGAUUUACCAGACUCUGCAAAGAUGCAACUGUCCAUGGAAGUCACACCGCUGGGUAAGGAUUGGUGUGCGCAAAACGGUCAGCUGCUGGAGCCCCUUUUCCACUGGUAGAAGAACGUAGGAAGCUGUCUUAACCUGAACCAGACCCACUGGCCAGUUUGGCUCAGUAUUACCCACACUGAUUGGCAGCAGCUCUGCAGGAUUGCAAACAGGAGUGUUUCCCCAGCCUUUCCCAGAGAUGCUGAGAUGAAAUCUAGCACUUUCUUCAAGCAAGGCAGAUGCUCUGCCACUGAACAAUGGCCCCUUCCCAAAUGAUGAUAAUGAUUAAUUUAUACCCCGCCCAUCUGGCUGGGUUUCCCCAGCCAGUCCGGGCUGCUUCCAGCACAGUAAAAACUUCCUGAUACAAGGCUGCCUUCAGAUGUCUUCUAAAAGUUGUGCAAUUCUUUAUCUCCUUGACAUCUGAUGUGAGGGCAUUCUACAGGGAGGGUCUCACUGCCAAGAAGGCCCUCUGCCUGGAUCCCUGUAACUUCACUUCUCACACUGAGGGAACUGCCAGAAGGCCCUCGGAGCUGGACCUCAGUGUCCAGGCUGAACGAUGGGGGUGGAGGCGCUCCUUCAGGUCUUUGCAGAAGCUCUGUCUCAUGCCCACAGAUAAUGAUUCUCUGUUUAUUCCUAGGAGUCCAAGAUCCAGUGCUGGAGAAUGAAGAGGAGCCCUUUCAUGUGAAAAGUCCCGAGCCUGGAGAUGUGGGAUCCAGCGGAAUAUCCUUAGAAAGAGCCAAAGAUAACGUCUUCCAGGCUCCCAAGUUGGAAAAGAUCCCUGGAAACAAGGGGGGACCAGAAAGGCACCAGGAAAGCUAUCUGUGGAAGAUAGCACAGCAGGCCUUCCUCUGUGAAGGAAGUGGCCAGGCUUUCCACGAAAGCGUCGUCCGCGACAGAACAUGCCCACGAAGCAGCAUCGCCAGCACCGACUACGAGAAGAGCCUCUGCCAGAGCUUGGACCUCCUCAAAAACCAGAAGAAACGGCUGAGGAAGUUCAAAUGCUCCUACUGCGGGGCCACGUCCAACAUUCGAGCAAACCUUGUCGCUCACGAGAGAAUCCACACCGGCGAGAAGCCCUACGGCUGCUUAACCUGCGGCAAAAGCUUCAGCCGGAAGUCGACCCUUGUGCGGCACAAGAGGACCCACACGGGGGAGAAGCCGUACGAGUGCUCGGCGUGCGGUAAGAGCUUCAGCAUCCGGUGUAACCUUUUGCGGCACGAGCGGGUUCACACGGGAGAGAAACCCUAUCACUGCAAAUGCUGCGGCCAGAGCUUCAGUCGGAGGCUCUUGCUUGUGAUUCACGAGAGAACCCAUGCAGGAGAGAAACAUGUAUAGAAGCUUGGAGUGUUGGCGGAGAGAUGUCACUCUUUCCCUUCCUCUUUCUCUCGCUCUCUUACAUACAAGACACCAAGUUGGCAACCCCUGAAAUAUCUCUUGCAAUACCUAGAUCAUCCACUGGGUGCCACUAUUUCCCCUCUCACUGAUAAACACCAUUUCCACCAAGGGCUUUGUUUUCCUUUGCAACUUCUGGCAAGUAUUAGCACAAUACAGUAAUAUUGUGAAAUAUGAUAUAAAUUUCCUGUAUAUAUUACAUUUAUAAAUAUGGAAAUCGACUACAUUUUCCAAGGGGUGAUGUGCUUCAAAUGCGCAGUGUGUGUGCAGGCCUAGCCACAACGCACACUAGCUGACAUUGUUCUUUCUUAGUCUAGCCUCCCUCACAGGGUUGUUGGGAGGAUAAAAUGGGGGGUGGGGGUGGAGAGAGAACAGUGUAUGGCCUUUUUGGGUGGGCAGACUAAAAACUGAACAGAUGAAUAAUACUAGUUCACAUGGGCAAGUCAAACCACAGAAUAUAUUGAAAUCUGAACAUCGUUAUUGUUUCUUUCCUGUGUGGACUUUCUGAUGCUCACAAAGACUAGUGUGCACCUUCCGUCAUAUUCAGAGUGCUCAAAUGAUUUCUCGC